GCUAGUGUCCAGUCUCUUGAAAACGCAGCUAGCGGCAUCUGGCAGCAGAAUCUCGUUGAUGCUUUUUGGAAGCGACCAAAACCAAAAUUAUUCAAGAUGGAGGACGCUGAAGUUGAAGUUCUUGGAGAUAACGGAGCGUAUUACAAGGCUCGAGUGACUGACGUUUUCGAGGAAGAAGUGAAAGUCAGUUUUGAAAAUGACUGGCAGCCCGAGUCCAAGUUCCCGUUCUCACAGGUCCGGUUGCCCCCUCCGCCUCGACCUGAAGGUGCUGCAAGACCUGAGUUCCUGGAAGGCCAGGAGGCAGAAGUGUUUUCGUGUUCCCAGACCGAGGAGGAGUGCGGCUGGUGGAAGGUUGUAAUCAAGAUGAUGAAGGGUGGGUUCAUUGUGGUCGAGUAUGCUGGUUGGGGUGAUAGCGCUUACACUGAAAUCGUCAACGAGGAAGAUCUGCGACCUAGGAAUCCAAACCCUCCAAUAGAUUCAAACACAUUUCACAAAUUUGAAAUUCCUGUCCCUGAAGAGCUGCGAGAAGAUGCAAAAAUGGAGAGUGCUCAUUCUGAAUUUCUCAAGGUGAUUAAGGCUGCUUCUGUCAGAUUCAUCCCAGAAUCAGGUGUACUCAGGGUCAUUUCGAGGAAUGAUUCAAGUCAGCGGUUGAGCUCAAUGGUUCAAGAUAUGCAUUUUCGGAACCUUUCUCAACGUGUGCUCCUGCUGAGGCGUAUGGAAGAGAGUGCCCGUCAAUUAGCAUCAACGAAACAACAUGAGAAAGCAACAUUCAAUGAUGAGUUUAGCGUGAGAGAGGAUCUCAUGGGCUUGGCCAUAGGAGCUCAUGGUGUUAAUAUACAGCAAGCUAGAAAGUUACCUGGUAUCACCAACAUAGAAUUAGAGGAAAACACUUGUACAUUUAGGAUUUGCGGUGAAAAUAGGGAGUGUGUCCGGAAGGCACGGAAUAUGCUUGAAUAUGGCGAGGAGAGUAUCAAAGUGCCAAGGUUGCUUGUUGGAAAGGUCAUUGGCAAGAGCGGACGCAUAAUUCAAGAGAUCGUCGACAAGAGUGGCGUGGUGCGUGUGAAAAUUGAAGGAGACAACGAGCCACAGCCCAGCCAGCCCAGGGAAGAGGGACAGGUGCCAUUUGUAUUCGUUGGAACGGUGGAAAGCAUUGCCAAUGCCAAAGUUCUCCUGGAGUAUCAUUUAUCACACUUGAAAGAUCUGGAGAAGCUGAGACAGGAGAAGUUAAACAUUGAACAGCAGCUCAACUGCCUUCAGCUUUAUCCUCAGACUAGAAGUUUUCGCAGGGGCUUUGAACAAGACAGAUCUGAUGACAGGAGUUUACGAGGUGGUUUCUCUGGCAGUAUUCCUGGAAGAGGAGGUCGAGGAAGAGGCAUGAGGGGCGGAAGAGGGGACGCUUCUCUUAGAGGAGGCAGGGCUCCAAGCGGGCCAUCAAAGAGCCAUCUCAAUGAUCAUCCUGCAGACUCUAGGGAGCACUACUCGGACCGGGGCAGGCGUGGCAUGCGAGACCGAAGACAACGAGUGAACGACGAGGAAGAAUCGGUGCUAGACCAGAAGCAGCCAUCGACUGGAGGGCCUGGUGCUGCUGACAGCAACAAAAUAACAGACUCGGCUGGAAGUAGCAUUGACAAUGCUAAGGCAAGGCAACGCCAGAGCAGUCGCGGCAAGAGAGGGUCUCAGCGAGGCCGUGGCGACUCGAGGCGAGGUGGCCUCAACAUGGGCAUGGCUGCCGCCGCUCCCAUUGGAAACAAUGACAAGCAGGGUGUCAUGACCGAGACUUGCAGUUGGGCAGACGCUGUCCCAGAUACCGGCCGCGUGGAGAACUGGGAACCUGGCAGUCAGCCGGCCCCUGGAAAUUCAUUUGCUGGGAACGCCACUCAGCCCCCCAUCAAAGGAUCAAAGCCUCCUCCUCCCAAAACUCAAAGACCGGCCCGAGGGAAACUUCCAGCCAAAUCAGCUUCGCCUGUUUCUGGAGCCAGCCAGGGUACUGUACAAGAAGCUGUUGUCCCUCAGCAGAAAACACCAUCACCAUCACUCACAAAUGGCAGCUCUUAAUGUAAAUUAAUUCCUCUUCCUCUGCGUGGUUAGAGAGCCAGAGUGGCCAGAGUAACGGAGAGAAGCCAUGCAUUCUCGUACAGUUAAACAACAUACUUACAUUGGUUGCGAUUUCAAAGGUGUAAUUAAAACCAGAACUUGCCAAUGUCCAUAGUGCAGCUCUGUACCUUUUUGAGUGUUGUCCUUAUUUUGUGCACUAAAUUUGUGAUACAAGCCUCAAUAGCUUCAAUACUUUGGUAAUCGGUUACACCAGUCGGAUCCUACUUAUUACUCUCUUCAUUUAGGCAUUUUUCUAACUAUUGCAACACACAGAAAUGCUUAACAAAAAAAUUCAACUAGCAACUAUUUUACAAAAUACUUCUUCGGUGGAAAUCUGUUUUGAAAGGGCCCAAACAGGUGUGUUUUGAAUGAACUGAUUACUUUGAAUGAUAUUUGCAUUUGUUAGAUUGCAAUGACUUGAAAAAUGUUGAAUGAAACUGUUUCAGAAUGUUCAAAUGCAGUGUCACAAAUGUUCCCUUGCAAAGUGCAUGUAAACUGAAAUCAAAUCGGCUACCUUAUAAGCAAAUUUUUGGGUCCUUUACUGAAGAAAAAUAUUGUGCAAGCUGGUAUCGACCAUUAUUCAUUGUAAAUAUACUUUCUAAGUUAUGAGUCCUAAUCUGCUUGAACAAUUGCAGGUGUCCAAUCAAACUUCUCUUUUUGUAUGCAAAAAUGACACUUACCUAUUUGUCCCAGCAGAGGAAAGAAACCAACAGAACACUUCAAAAAGUAUUACGCCCUUCAUUUUGCUGCGCCCAUGGACAGGCCAGAAUUCUUGGAUCUUUUUGAUUUAUCACGAUAAUUAAUAUUGUUGAUCGCAAACCACUCUCUUUCCAAGUAAGAUAAAUUUAAGUUUUUUGUUUGCAGACAUAUUGCUCUUUACAUCCUAAGUUAUUUUGUGAGUGAUCGGCCCUGUAGCGAAUUAAUAAUAAUGCAAGAUUGUGCCUUUCUUGCCAUGGGUGCAGCUUGUAUUUUGAUUCUUUUUAUUAAAAAGUUGAUCGAAAACCUCAAUUUGAACGAAUAUUAAGGUACUUUUCAUACUCCCCGAUUCAUGGUGUGAAAUUAUCAUUUUUUGUUUACAUUACCUGCAGAAUUGUUAAUCUCUGCUUUCAUCACAUUAAUUAACCGUAAAUAAAAAUAAAGUUGCUGAAUAUUUCAA